AUGAAAUCAAAAAUAUUGAACACUGGCUCUAAUCCUGAAAAAAGGCCAACCGUUUAUUUGAAUGACGGACAAGGAAGAGACACCUAUAUUUCUUAUAACAAUGGCGGAAAUUUUGCUUAAGAGUUCAGAUUCUUAGUAUCACCAUAAUAGCCCACUUCUUUAAGAUUAAAAUACAAUAGCAGUAUACAAUAAUAAUCUUCCACACCAAGGAUUAAUUAUUAAGGUGAUGGAACAGGUAGAGAUACUUAUAUUUUAUAAAAUAUCAUGGAUAAAUGCAGCUCAGGAUAAUUAAAUUACAAAUCCAUGCUCAGAAGUGAGACUAAUUUUGGUUCAUUUCAAAAGAAUAGAUAUUAAUUGCCACCAAUUGCAAAAUAAAAAUUGAACAGGAUCCAUUAAUUAUAGAAAGUCCAAUCAAGUAGGUUGUCAAUGCCAAAAAAUAGACAAUUAUUUAAUGAAGAGUGA